GAAAAUGAUAAAAAGUGAAAAAAGGGCAGAGAGAGAGAGAGAGAGAGAGAGAGAGAGCGCAACAGGCUUUUACUCUUCUCUCAACUGCAGCCAAUCCAUCCACGGGCCACCAGUUUGGAGAGCAGCUCUUGCUCAUCGGCAGGAGAUAUGGAAACAAGUUGCCAGGGUAAUGGCAUUAUGUGGUUCUUUAAAGACAGAGGUUUUGAUGAUAAAAGCAUUCAUGAAAUGUCCAGGAAGUGCAAGCGGCUUGAGGGUAUGGACAGGGAAAAAGCCUCAGAAAAUUGGGAGUACUUGAAAAGCAUAGGAAUACAAGAGAGGAAACUUCCUAUUGUGGUCGGGAAGUGUCCCAAAAUACUAACUCUUGACUUGCAUGAUAAACUUGUUCCAAUGGUUCAAUGCCUUAGAGCAUUGGAGACAAAACCAAAGGAGGUAGCAUCUGCUAUAACAAAAUUCCCGCAGAUACUCUUGCACAGUUUGGAAGAGAAGCUGGCACCACUCCUUGCAUUUUUUGAAGCUCUUGGUGCUCCCGAAAAGCAACUUGGCAAAAUGAUACUGUUAAACCCUAGAAUCAUUAGUUAUAGCAUUGAAUCCAAGCUUUCGCAGACAGUGGAUUUUCUCUUCAGCCUGGGUCUGUCCAAAGAUGGGAUGAUUGGUAAAGUUCUGGUCAAACAUCCUCUCAUUAUGGGUUACAGUGUUGAUAAACGGCUGCGUCCAACUUCUGAGUUUCUGAGGUCGUUAGGUCUAACAGGGCCUCAGCUCCAAAGAGUAGCAACAACUUUCCCGGAAGUUCUAUGUCGGGAUCCCAACAAAAUUCUAAGGCCUAAUGCUAUGUAUCUAAAAUCAUGUGGGUUUGAUUCAAGCCAGAUAGCAGCACUGGUAGCCGGUUAUCCUCCAGUUCUGAUCAAGAGUGUAAGUAAUUCUUUGGGACCAAGGAUCAAGUUUUUGGAACAGGGGAUGGGAAGGCAAAUCCAAGAAGUUGCUGAGUAUCCAGACUUCUUUAGGCAUGGGUUGAAGAAAAGGUUAGAGGCAAGGCAAAAACUUUUGAAACAAAAGCACGUAGAAUGUAGCUUGAGCGAAAUGUUGGACUGUAACCAGAAGAAAUUUCUACUGAAAUUUGGUUUAGUCGAGCAACUUGUUUGAGGAACUUUUAUCUUUCUUAUGUUGCUCAAGUUUAAUAGUUUUGUCCUAGAUAUGAUUGUAAUGUAUUCUUCCACAUUAAGUUCAAUGAGAGAGAAACCGUUAGGCAUAAAAUUACGACAUGCUGCAAUUGCCUCGUCAA